AUAUGAAUUUUCGACAACAUCGAGAUAAGUCUAAUUAGCUCAACAAUAAAAUAAAACGCGAAAAAAGUAAAUAGCAGAUUUUUAAGAUAAGUGUUCAGAGAAUCUAAAUAAAGCAAAAUUCUUAUUCUUAGAUCUCCGAUUUAGUGAUUAGAUAGACAUACCAGAAAUUAUUCCAAAAAAUUCUUCAAAUUAUUGCUGUGCUGUAGGUGUUUUUUAGCUUAGAUGACUUUGCAAUUAAUCUAUAAUAUUGUUGUGAUCAACUUUCCGUGCUGAUCACGAAUCUGAAAUCAUAUUUCGGAUUUGAACAAAUACAUAGAAUAUACUCAGCUGAUCUUGCAUCCGAUUGGACAGAGAAAACUAUCCAAUGUCAACAUUUGUGGUGUAGACUAACUAUUUUCGCUCAACUUCUUUCUGAAUAAGCAAUUGCAUAGGAGAUGCAGAUUUUUAAGGGCUUUCAGAAAAUAUGCAAAGUAAUUUGGGAUGACAUGAUCCAGCGUGGGUAUUGUCAAAAUACUGAGAAAUCCUUAUUUUAAUCAAUCGAAAUUUUUGUCUGUGUAUUGGUAAUAUUCACUGAUAUACGGCUCUGGAUGAAUAAAUCAGUGAGUAGGUUUUGUAGAGAAAACAUUUCUCUAUCUUUUGAGACAUUUCCAAAGUCAAACGAUCGAGCGAACGCGGAGGAAAGUAUAGAAUACUACAGACACCCUAAAAACUUCACUUUUUUACCAAAUAUAAAUGGUGUAUAACUUGCAAACGCUGGCAUUUUUCUCCAGAACAUCAAAAAGAUCUAAUAUUUUGGAUUCACUAAUGGUUUGACGAGACCUUCCGUUUUAGAUAGUUAAACCGAGAAUCAAAAUUUUAACGGCGGCUGAGUUGCUAAGUGGUUUCACAAACCCUCUCUUAAGUUUGUGACAUUCGCCUAAACAAUUUGGCAAUCAUAAGCUACUCCCCGUCCACUUCGCUCAAGUAUUAAUCGACAAUAUUUUCUCCUGCGAUUGUUGCAAUAACUGCAUCACUCGAUGCUCAAUUUAACAAAAAUGACUGACAUUUUCUUAAUAUUUUUGACAAAAAUUAUGUUUCACGUGACAAAACUAAGCUUUGUUGUUCAACUUGUAUAAAUACUGACGAUAAGUGUUAGUCAUCAACUAAUACUAAGAUCAUGUUUUGAACAAUCAAGCAUGCAUAUUUAUACAUUAAAAUUGAUGACCCAUCUAAUGAAUUCUACUUGACUGCCACUAAAGAUCAAGCUUAUAACCAUACUUGGAGUCUAAAGCAAAAAUAUAAAGCCUGAUUCGCUGGUUCCUUACAUAUCAGCACCUUUUUGUUCGGUAAUGUUUUCUUUUCCCCAUCAUUGUUGUGUAUUUUUCGAUGAAUUUAUUAAAAUAGAUUAUGAAAUUUAGCUGUUGAUUCAAAAGAAGCACUCAUUGAAUAUUCCCGCAUGAACAUAUACUCACAUUGGACGAAAUAAAUGUACAAUUUCGAUUAAAGUUUCGAGUUCUACAGAUAGAAAUAUCGGAGGCUUCGAUUUAAAGCUUUUUAAAAAGCUUUUAUUUUGACUGAGGUAUACACCUAACAUACUUCGAGCAGUAAAGAUCAAAACGUUGUUGAUGGAUGUGACUGUGAAUCAUAUCCAUUUUUAACAUCACGCUCAUAUGCACACUGAGUGCUCAACUCAAGGCGUUAAUGUUAAAUAGAACUGAAUUAUCAUUGCAAAAUACGAAUGUCUUUGCAAGACAAAAAAUAGUCUAAAGAUAUUUUACAUUUCUACCUGUUGUAUAAAAACAGCUUCCAAUAUAUCGUAUGACUUAUUUUCUCCGGUUACGUUUUAAAAGUCUUCUGCUUCUAUCAAACGAGAUUUAUAGAAAUAUGAAUGAUGAAAAAGAAUAAGUAGCUGUUAGGAUUUAAUUAUAAAUAUUCUUUUAUUUAAUUUAUAACGAAAGUAACAAAAAAACGAAACGGUAAUCGGCGAUAACGAUAAUAGACGAACGACAUAGUCGCUCUGCUUGGCACGGAGACGACUCGAUACCUUUACACACUUUUCUUCUCUCUGUUCUCUUCUGUAUAUACUAGAUUAUCGAUCCAUAUUUAUAUAUACCCAGGACGAGCUUUACGACGUCCGUAUACGGUGAAAUACGGGCCGUAUACGGUCGUUUUCUGCCGUAUACGACGGUAAAUCGCCGUAUUUGGCCGUAUUACAUGGCUCCGUAUUACGAUCGUAAUACGGAGCCAUGUAAUACGGCCAAAUACGGCGAUUUACCGUCGUAUACGACCGUGUAUGUUCGACCUGGGAUAUACUUCGAAGACUAAUCAAAUAGAAAGAGACAAAGGAAAAUAGCAUAGAGGCUAUUGGGACUACGAGUAUGACAGUUCAGUUUCAGUUCCGCUCAAAAGAAUUGUUCAGACAGUUCACAGGAUCUGAUCUGAUCUGUUCGAACAGUUCUUUCGCUCAUUUGAUUUGAACUUAGAUCUGAGAACUGUUAUACCCCUAAUUGGGACGAUAGGUACCGUCCCAUAACAGUAGCAGAUAUAUUUUUAAUCUUUUACGUCAUAUUUAGGUUGAAUCGGCUAACGCUGAAGCAAAGUUAACGCUAGACGAUUUUACUGAAAUUGACAAUCAAUUUUGGGAAGAAACUAAAAAUUUGGAUGAAAAUGCGUUAUCAACUUUGAAGAAUAAAGCUGUUGGGCGUUUGGAAAACGGAGAGUUACCGAUAGAAAAAAUCGAUCUUUCUGGUAAUUCAUAUCGAUUCAUCGUUCACCAUUUAUUACAAGUUCAACAAACUAAAAUAGACAAACGUGGUCGGGCGACAUUGGACGGAAAAACUUAUACGACUGCGAGCAUGUGGAAGAAAAAAAGAUCGAGAGAAAACCUGCUGAAAUGUGAUCCAUUGACAGAAACUAUUAUAUGCGACGGUAAAGAGUUUCUUCUAGGAUGUACCUAUAAUGGAUCUGCAAACAGUACACAACCAGGCAAUUGUCUUUUGUGCCAGAUGGUCUCCGAAAAAUUGAGGUCAUUAACAUUUUAUAGAGUACCACAAGGAAAUUUUGAAAACACUGAAGCUGUACUUAUUUUACUAAUGGAAAUUGUGCGUCGUCGUAUCAUUGACAACAACCACCAAUAUCCUCCUCCUCUUUUAAUAGAUGAAUAUCACGAUUUACCAGUGGGACUUGGUAUUGCCAUGGUUGUUAAACUUAUCAAAGAUAAAUACAUGCUUUUCGAAGAAUUUUGGAAAAAAGAGAAAAGCUAUCAUAUUUUCACUGAUAAUAAAAACAAUAAAAAGAGUCGCUACACAGCUUUUGACAAAAUCGCUAAACUUUACAUGGAAAAAUAUCCAUCGUUGAAAUUUAAAGAAGACUUGAAGAAUCUUAUGCAAGAGUUCUACGAUGGACGUUUAGGUAAUCAACAAGCUACAGCUGCGUCAGAAAAUAGACAGCCGACUGCAACUUCAUUGCAACACGGGAUGCCUGAUCGCAAAAAAAAUUCUUCAAAAGAAUCGACAAAAGUUUCACCAAAACAAACAACAUCAGCAGUGUCAAAAAAUACAUCAGAUUCAACGGAUGACAGUGAAGAACAUGGAUAA